AAAAUGGAGAGAAAGAAGAUGGAUGGGUUGUUUAGGUGUUCAGGGUUUGUUUUUGAGGUUUUGUACUUUUAUGGCUAUUAUGAUGACUGGAGGUUGUUGAUGACACGCCUUUGUAAGGAGACGUAUAGGUUUUGGAAGGAGAAGCAGAAGAUGUUCGUGAUAUUAGAUGAGAGAUAUAAGAAGGAUACUGGUAGUAUUAUUAAGGUACUCAAUAAGAAUGGAGUUGUUGCCAUGUUAUAAAAGGUGUAAAAUCUUUGUAUCUUACGUUCCCAGAUAUUUUAUUAAGUAAUAAACUCGAUGGAGCAGCAAGCUUACUCCAGCAUUAUGAGCUGCGAGACCUGAAAGAGCUAAACAUAACAUUUAAAUUCCGAUCAGGCACUCCAAAAGAGUUCAAGAGUAUAAGUGUGCUGUUAGAGAAACUUUUUGCCCAGGAGGAUCUAAGAAUUUUUGAAAUAAAUUUAGCCUUCAGUGGAGACCCUCGACAAAGAGUUGAUUUACAACAAGAAGGUAGCUCAUGGAACAAAAUUUGGAAUGUUAUUAUUGACAAUUUGGUGGAUAUGAAAACUAAUUGUUUAACACUCUGCAACUCUAAGAUUAAAGAACUUGAUGAAUACUUUUGGGUAUCAGAUACCCCUAUUUUUAAGCUCAAAAAUUGUUGAAUUGAAUUGAGAGGCUGCAAGUUCAAUGAUGAGUUCAAAGAAUCUUUUGAAAGACAUAAUGGUAAAGAUAAGACAAUUAUAUUUGAUUCCUGUAAAGUUUACUCCUGUCGUGGUUCAUGAUAUUCACUCAAAUGUCAAGGAAAAAGUAUGACAUCUGAAAAAGUAGAGUUCUUUGGCUCACCAUUGAAGGUUCAAAUGAAGCGAUUAACUCUCAUGGAAGAUGAAAAUAAUAGAUGAAGAUGAAUCAAUUAUUCCUCUCCAAUUUACAAUCAGGAUUCAGAUUUCGACUAUCAAUAUAAUGACGAUAACGACUUGCCAGAUCCAUUUAUGCACUCAGGUAAUCAGCACGUUGAUAGAGAGUACAACAGACAUAUUAGUAGAGCAAUGCGAGGAUCCUUUUAUGAUUGGUAUUAAUUUACACAAGCUGCAUAAUUUCAA